GGCUCCGCCGCGCUCCAGGGGCGGGCCGCUUCCGGCCGGUGCCCCCGGGCGGGCGGGCUGAGGACUCGUGACUGCGGAGGCAUGAAGUGGGGCCCCUUCAGAGGUGUCUCAUUUGCAGCGCGUUGGGAGCAAAAGGCGCCUCCUGGAAGAACGCGCGGAGGGCGCUCUCUGGAGUGGAAAGAGUCCGCGGGAGGAGUCGAGGAGCCGAGUCUGGGGGCCGCUUCCGCGGGCCCCGGAGGAGGAAAGAGGAGGGGCGGGCUGCUCCCGGGCGGCCGGGGCGGGCCGCCUGCACUCCAGGGAGGGGGGAGCGAGGGAGCGAGGGAGCGAGGGGUGAGCGUUGGGGAGCAGCAUGGAGACCUCGGCUGACUGGCUGGCCACCGCCGCCGCCCGGGGCCGGGCUGACGAGGUGCGGGCGCUGCUCGAGGCGGGGGCGCCGGCCCACGCGCCGAACCGUUACGGUCGGAGCCCGAUUCAGGUCAUGAUGAUGGGCAGCGCCCGCGUGGCCGAGCUGCUGCUGCUCCACGGUGCGGACCCCAACUGCGCGGACCCCGACACCCUCACCCGACCCGUGCACGACGCGGCCCGGGAGGGCUUCCUGGACACGCUGGUGGCGCUGCACCGAGCCGGGGCGCGGCUGGACGUGCGCGACGCCUGGGGCCGCCUGCCCGUGGACCUGGCUGAGGAGCGGGGCCACCGCGACGUCGCCCGCUACCUGCGCGCGGCUGCAGGGGGCACCGAAGGCGGGAGCCACGCCCGCGCAGACUCCGCGGAAGGUCCCGCAGGUUGCGCGGCUGCUCUCUCCCUGCCCUCGUCGAGCGGGUCCCGAGCGCGGGAGCGGCCUGGCGAGCCCGGAGAAGCCCAGCGGGUCAAGCGGACGCGCUGCGAGAUCGGGGAGGCUCGGGAGUGCGGCGGCGGCUGGGAGGGUCCAGACUCCCUAGACAGACCCUGUGCUGAGGAUGGUGGAUGUUAAGAAGAGACAGUCCCGCCCUAAAGAAUCAUUGAAAUUUAGAGACACUUCGACUACGUAUUUUGAUCUUCAGUCGUCGAAGUUUGAAUACAAGAACUACCCCCACCAUAUCUAAGUCUUCCCUGCUUAGUUCCAAUUCAUCAAAUAACGCUUUUUAAAAAUUGGAACUGCCUCCCCCUUCCUUCCCUUAAAUUUUGCUAUAAAAAUAAAAAAAACAAAAACAAAAAACCGA